AUGAAGAAGAGGAAAGAGCGGCCCAAGUCCCCCGCCCUCUCCACCACCACCAUCGAUGCCUACUACUCUAAGAGCGCCCACAACGCGCCCAGGGCAGCCUCGCCAGCCACCCAGGCGCCAGCGAUGGUGGUAGGCGGCUUGCCGGCGUCGGUGUGGCGCCAUGCGUUGCGUUUCGUGGACAACAAGAGCCUGGCCCAGAACGUGUGCCGCGUGAACCGCAUCUUCCAGCGAUUGGGCAUGCGGGUGCUGCGCGAGAGAGAACGGCACAGCAGGACCGAGCGACAGAAGCAGCAGAGAGCGGCGGCGGCCGCCGCCAAGAACGCCACCGACCCUGGCCUCUUCUCGUCCGGCCACUUUGUCGAUGGCGACGACGACGACGAGGAAGAGGAAGAAAAGAACGAAGACGACAUUCCCAACCACGGCGAUCACGGCGUGGCCAACAUAAAGACGAAGUCGCCGACCACGCUACGUAGCAAGAAGGACGGCCCGCGACCAGCCGAGGUCAUCGUGGUGCACGCCAGCCCCACGCCGUCGCUGGCGGCUGUCGUCUCCCCCAAGAGCCCCACCACGAAUGCGUCGAGAAAGAGCGAAGAGACGGCGUUGACGAGCCCGCGAAGGAAAAAGAACGAAGCUUCGGGAAGCAAGGAGGCUGUCGACUUCAUCAUCGACCACCUCUUCCUUCUUCAACCCUGCUCCCCUCACUGGCAACAUCACACUUGCACCAUCCUCCUCAACAACUACAUCUUCAUCUUCAUCGUCGUCGUCAUCAACCGCAUCGACAACUUCGACUUCGCCUUCGCCUUCGCCUUCGGUGCUACAGGUGGCAAGACCAAGUCGCGCCACUUCUGGUCGUGCAACCACCCGCUGCCCCAUCUCCGCUGCGGCUUCCACUCGUGGGUCGCCACCUCGACGAAUACCACCACCACCGUCGGCGUCGCCGAAGUGGACCAGAGACCGGCCAAGGCCACAGCCCAGCCAACGCCGACCGAGCCGCUGCCGCCGCCGCCGGAGAAAGCAGCGGCUGAGACCGAAGCGGAGGCCGAGGCCGCAGGGGCCGAGGCCAAGGUGGCGCCGCCGAGCCCGACCAUUCUCGAGCGGAUGCGGCGGCUGGAGCAGAUGCGGAGCGACAGCACGCUGAUCAUCAACAUCCUGGGCAAGCGCCGGAACAGCAGGGAGGCCGCGACAACGACGACGACAACGACGAUGACGACGGGCGGGUCCACCACCAACCCGGCCUCCCACGAGGCCGACCCGCCGCAGCCACAGCCGCAGGAGCCGACCAGCGCUGACGAUGCGCGCGAUCCGGCGAACGCCAAACGGAAAAAGGUGAGAGUGGACAAGCAGAGCCAACACCAGACGACGACGACAACGACGAGCAAGCAGAGGGUGAACUCGGUGGUCGAGGUGCUGGUGGGCUGCAGCGAGGACCAAACCGCGGCGACGCUCAACUACUCGCAACUCUUCAUUAGCCCGCACACCGUAAGAGAGACGCAGGAGGAGGGCACCGCCUACGACAUGGAGACGCUGCCCUACACGCUCGCGCCGGCGUUCAACCCCGACUCGUGCCCCCCGCUCUCGUUCAACCUCAACCUGGCCCUCAAGGAGCCACUGGCAGCCGCCCACGAUGACGACGAGCACCACGACCAGCAGCCGCAGAAGCGAGACGCGGAGGCCCCCUACGUCGCCGAUCGCGACGCCAACGCCGACGCCGGCGAUGACGACAACCUGGGCAAUGUCGACAACAAGGAAGUUGACGACCCACUGCUGACGAUGAGGUCAUCGCCGUCGGUGUCGGCGACGGCGCUCCCGGCCGCUGCGCUCGGCGAGGCGGAGCCGAAGGCCAAGCUCAAGCCCCAGCCCGUGGGCGGCAUCCACGAGUGGAGCACCGAGCUGGACGAGACCGAGCCGUACUCGCUGUCGGCCAGUCUCUCGCCUUCGACGCCCGUGCCCACCACGACCACGACCACCACCACCAGCAGCAGCGGGAGCUCCACCGCCGAACCGCCGACGAAGGAGUCGAACGAAGCCGAGGCCGCUGCUGCGAGCACGCACCACCCGGACGAAGCAGAGGUGAAGGAGACGGCGGCGACGACGCCCAAGAGCGCCGGCGGCGCCCUCCUGCUGCCGUCGAGAGAAGACGAGCCGAGCGAAGACCUGCUCCACAGCAACUUCGAAUGCGUCGACCAGGCGGCGGCGAGCGGCGGCGAUGAGCUGGAAGCCCUGCGCGCCGAGAUGCGAACCCUACACGCCCAGUUGGAGGCGUGUCAGUCCAGGAACGAAGCGCUGGAGCGGGAGAACGAGCAGUUGCGGCGGGGAAGGGACCGGGACAGGGACCUCCUGACUUCCUUCCACCUCCAACUCGCCCACGCCCUGCACCAGCACCAACCGUAA